AUUCUCGCAUGCAAAAAGGGAUACUUUUGGUUUAUCUCUUUUAAAAUAAUCCAGUUUGGCACUUGAUGAUUCAUCUACAAGAUUUCUUUGCUGGAACCUGAAGAACAAAGUGCUUUUCAACCUGUAUUUCUGUAGCACUAUGACUAACUGUAAAGGCAGAUCAACCAUCUCCAAAACAAAUAGCAAAGUUCAUGACAGAGAAGGUUUUGUAAACUGGACCAUAAAUCUUAAUACAAUUCAGUCCGAUAAAUUUUUGAGACUGCUUUUGAGUAUGGUUCCUGUUGUUUACCAAGUAAACCAGGAUGAAAGGCACAAAAAAGUGAACGGUGUUUGGCAAGAUGGAUCACAACCAGCAGGACACAAUUUUAAUGUUAGGUCUGAACAACACACAGAGUACCAUCACUUCUCAGAAUCAAGUUUUCAGGGUAGUAACGGACACAGCCCAUCUAGCUGUAGCCCUAAAUAUGAUGAUUUUUCCAGUUAUAAUUACUGUGAUGGAAUGGACGCUUCAGAAACAGAUGCCAUGUUGCAGGAAGACAACCUGUCUAGUGACAGUAAUGAAGACAUCAUUGUGGAAGGAAGUAGGAAACAACCCAAAGAAUCUAGUAGUAUUAUGGCAUUACAGAUACUCGUACCUUUUUUGCUAGCAGGAUUUGGAACUGUUUCUGCUGGCAUGGUUUUGGAUAUUGUACAGCAUUGGGAUGUGUUCAAGAAUGUUACUGAAGUUUUUAUCUUGGUUCCUGCUCUUCUUGGUCUCAAAGGAAAUUUGGAAAUGACCUUGGCAUCCCGGCUCUCAACUGCUGUAAAUAUUGGAAAAAUGGAUUCUCCCAUUGAGAAAUGGAACUUAAUAAUUGGCAACUUGGCCUUAAAACAGGUUCAGGCAACAGUAGUUGGUUUUCUGGCAGCAGUGGCAGCAGUUAUAUUGGGCUGGAUUCCAGAGGGCAAAUACCGCUUCGAUCACUCAAUCCUUCUGUGUUCUAGCAGCGUAGCAACUGCCUUCAUAGCUUCUCUUUUACAAGGAAUAAUAAUGGUUGGAGUUAUUGUUGGGUCAAAGAAGACUGGUAUUAAUCCUGACAAUGUUGCCACUCCUAUAGCAGCAAGUUUUGGAGAUCUUAUCACUCUUGCCAUACUAGCAUGGAUAAGUCAGGGUCUUUAUACUUGCCUUGAGACAUAUUACUAUGUAUCUCCUUUGGUUGGUGCCUUUUUUUUGGCUCUGACUCCGAUGGGGAUUGUCAUAGCUGCCAAACACCCAGCUACCAGAACUGUUCUCCAUUCAGGAUGGGAGCCUGUUAUAACUGCCAUGGUUAUAAGCAGUAUUGGUGGCCUUAUUCUGGACACAACUGUAUCUGAUCCUAACUUAGUUGGAAUUGUUGUUUAUACCCCAGUAAUUAAUGGUAUUGGUGGUAAUCUAGUAGCUAUUCAAGCUAGCAGAAUUUCUACCUACCUCCAUUUGCACAGCAUUCCUGGAGAGCUACCAGAAGAAGCCAAGGGUUGCUAUUACCCAUGCAGAACCUAUUGUGGUACAGGAGUAAAUAACAAAUCAGCCCAAGUUUUGCUUCUUUUGGUGAUUCCUGGACACCUGAUUUUCUUGUACACUAUCCACUUAAUGAAAAGUGGCCACACUUCUUUAACUCCUAUCUUCAUAGCAGUAUAUUUGUUUGCAGCUCUGCUACAGGUGUUUACUCUGUUAUGGAUUGCUGACUGGAUGGUGCAUCACUUCUGGAAAAAAGGAAAAGAUCCUGACAGUUUUUCUAUCCCUUAUCUUACUGCACUGGGAGAUCUGCUUGGAACUGCCUUAUUAGCUAUAGGCUUCCAUUUUCUGUGGCUCAUAGGUGACAGAGAUGGUGAUGUUGGAGACUAA